AUGAGUCAGGCUGAUGAAGGAAGUGCCACAGACCCAGAGCUGGCAACUGAGAGUGAGUCACCUACCUGUGAGCUGACUGCAGCAGCUCCUAGUGAGGAGGAGGAGGGACCCACUGGCCUAACAGCAAGUCCUGCAUUUCAGUGUUUAGAUGAGCUAUUUUCUGCUGGAAAAAUCACAGACACCAGAGUAGCUGAGCUGAAGGAACAGUACACCCUGCUGCAUGAGGCUGUGAUAAGUUUACAGGAAUCUGAGACCCAGCUGUUGCAGGAAGCCGAACGCCUGAGUGCAGAACUGGAACAGCAGAGUGAACUGGAAAAAGCAGAGCAGCUCCCUGAAGAAGCUCCCAGUGAAGCUUCCCAAAUAAGGCAACAACUUUUCAGCUGCCGAAGUGAAUACAAUGCUACUAAAGGAAGAGUGCAUGAAAAUCGGUUGAAGAUAGAAUGUUUGAGAGAAGAAAAAAGGCUUCUGGAAGAUGAAUAUGAAAGAAUGUCAAAAGAAAAGAAAAAUGAUAAAGCUCAACAGUUGAAAGAAAAUUGUGAUGAGCUCAGCAAAGAAGUAGCCCAGAGGAAAGCAGAAAUUGAUUCAAUAAAAGAAGCUGUUUCAUCCAAAGAAAAGCUGAUAUUAACAGAUGAGGAAGAAAUGAAAAAUCUUCAGGAGAUGCAUACUUAUUUAAAAGCUGAGCUAGUUAGGAUCAUUGGUGUUCCAAAGCAACUUGCAAAAGAAACUGAGAAGUUGAAACAGAAAAAAAUUGAUGCAGAGAAGCAGAAUGAAGCCCUCAAUGAUCAAAUAGAAGAAUUGAGUAGCACCCUGAAAGUCACUGAAAAAAUGCUCGAAGAGAUUUUGCAGGAAAAAAAAGAUGUAAUGAAGGAAAUGGAUGAGAGACAAACUUUGAUACAAAAGAAUGAACGACAAUGCAAUAAUUUGACAAAAUUACUAGAAAUUAAUGCAGAGAAGGAAUUUGCCAUCCUAUCAGACAGACAAAUUCUGGAAAAUAAUUUAAAUAAACGUGUCUCGGAGAACAAAAACCAACAAGAUAUUCUCAGUCACCAUCAAACAAAGAAAGAUAAAGAACUGAAAAGUUUAAAAAAGUUAGAGCUACAACUGAAAGGGAUUUGGGAUUCCUUGGAAGGAGAUAAGGCAACGCAUAAAAGACUCAAAUCAGAGGCAGAAAUUAGCUCAAAAAACAAUGCAGCAUUAUUGGAAAGACGACAAGAACUGCAGGACGAGAUUGAAACGCUCAAGAGAGAUUUAGCUGAACAGGAAAUGAUAUCAGAUAUGGAUGCCCGCAUGUUAGAAGAAUGCAUUGCUGCAGAACGCUUGCUUUUCAAAGAGCAGGAAAAAUGCAGAAAUGAGUUAUCCACACUUACACGUCUGACUUUGCUCAGAGCUGAUGAGAAGCAACUGAAAUGCAGGGAUGUUCAGAAAGCCAAGAUUCAACUCCAAAGUCUUGUUAAAGAACUAAAAAGAAUGGAUAGUGAACUAAUCAUCUGUAAAAAGAUGAAAAAAGAAAACGAAAAAGAAAUCCAAGGCGUUACUAGGAUGUGUGAUCUUAUGCAAAUUGAAAAGGACAAAUGUAUAGAUUUGAUGCGUAUUGCUCAGUGGAAAGCAAAAGAAGGUGAAAACCGGGUAAAAUUGCUAGAAAAUAAUAUAGAAAAUUUAAGAGAUGCUCUUAUGACCAGAGAAAGAAAAUUGCAGGAGAACUAUCUGAAGAUUAAAAAGAAUGAGAGAAUGAAAGAGUUGAUCCAAAACGAUUUUGCCAAAGUUGAACAAGAGAUGCUAGAGAAUAAAGAAAAGGAAAAGUAUUUGAAUGUUGACAAACUUACUGCUGAAGCCACACACAAGGAAAAGGAAAUUUCACAGCUACGCAAAAAUUAUGAAAGGGUUAUUGAGCAACGAAAUGAGAGUGGUCUUUUGCUCAGAGAACGAGAAGAAGAAUUGGGCAUUUUGUAUGAAAAAAUAAACAGGCAGGAGGUGUUGCGUAGGAAUGGAGACACUAAGAUGCAAACUAUGGAUGAAAAGAUCAGUUUGCUGAAGCUGAAGUUGGUUGAGAAAAAAAGAGAAGUUAAAUUGUGUUUUAAAGAGCUCACAGUGAAGAAUGCCCUGGAUGCACAUCUGGUGAAACUUCGGACACAGUAUUCACAGUGCAGGGACAAGAUUAAAAAGCUGGAGGAAAAUUAUGGUGAUGCCACAAAUGAGAGCAGAAAGCAAGAAAUGGGAGGGAAGGACCCAUCUCCACCUGAGCUGCUAAAAAGGAUUGAAAAGAUAGAGGCAGAGCUGAUGCAGAAGGAGCAGAGGCUGCUGAAGAUAGAUUUUCUCUGUGAGAGCAUUUCCGAUCUGACGGACAGAAUGCGGGCUGUGGUGGAGAGCGGCAGGCAGGAGAUGCUGCAGUUCGCCAGGAGGAGCAACGAACUGCAGAGGGAGAUAAAUCACAAAACCCAGGAGAUAAGAGCUCUUUUUGCAGAGCUAUCCAUGAAGCAAGCACUUGCCAUUAAACUCCAGCAGGAAAUCAGAGACAAAGAACAAUCUGUGAUGACUGCUUCACUGACGAUAAGUCAAGGCCUUUCCCCUUCUAAAGAAGAAAAGGACGGGUGGAAGAUCCUAGACAGUGAGGAGAUACAAAAAGCAGCAGCUGAAGCCAGAGCUGAGCCUGCAGAGGAGAAAGAAGGUGCACUGCCCAGCCACGACCCCACUAUCCCCAAGGAGGAGGAAGAGGAGGAG